GUAGCCCCGCCCCCACAGGCCCCGCCCCUCACACCGUCAACAACUGGAUUCCAGCUAUUUGUAUUUUCGUCAACUAGCACUGCUAGCUUGCUAACGAUGAUUCACUGCGGUCGUAAAGAAACGACUUAACCGUUUUCAAUGGAUACGUAUUCGCAUUUGUUCGUUUAAAACACACUCCAUCCUUAGCGUGUGCCGAUGUGCAGCCAAUGCAAGCCAAAGGAGCAUCGAGAGCAGAGAAACCGCACUGCACACCGUCCUUUAGCCGCCUCUGAAACCAGCUAACACAGCUAACACUGCACGUUAGCUGGCUGGUUGACAGCUGGUCCGGUUAGCUACGUGCCUUCGACAGUAACGGAGCAAAGAUUUACUCCCUGGAAUAAUGAAUCGUCUCUGACAUUGAGAGCACUGAGGCCCAGUUGGUUGUCACAUUGGAGUAACCAGAGCUCAUAACUUGCAAGGUGGGUCUCGGUUAACUCCACGGCGGUGACAUCGAGGACAAGUGGGUGAGCCGUGAGUUAACUUGCUGAUGCACCCCCAGUUCUGACCUGCAAGAGCUGCCAAAAUGAUGCCGAUGAUCCUGACGGUGUACCUCAGUGACGGGGAGCAGGCUUUGACUGAGGUGCCCAUCACUCCCGAGACGACGUGCCGCGAUGUCGUCGAGUUCUGCAAAGAGCCAGGCGAGAGCGGCUGCCACCUCGCUGAAGUCUGGAGAGGAAACGAGCGAGCGAUCCCCUUCGAACACAUGAUGUACGAACAUCUGCAGAAAUGGGGACCUCGGAAACAAGAAGUGAAGUUCUUCCUCCGUCAUGAAGACUCGCCAACUGAGAGCAGUGAUCAAGGGAGUCAGCAGUCUCAGGAUCAGACGAGCCGCAGAAGUGGAAACACUGGAGAGAAGCACAAUGAGAACGGGGUGGGGAAUCAGCGUGUGGAGCUCACGCUGUCAGAGCUACAGGAGAUGGCCACCCGGCAGCAGCAGCAAAUCGAGGCUCAGCAGCAGAUGCUCGUUGCAAAGGAGCAACGUUUGCGUUACCUGAAGCAGCAAGAGCGGCGUCAGCACCAAACCGUCUCAGAGAGCGAGAAGCUGCAGAGGCUGAAGGAGCGCGUGGACAGCCAGGAGGCAAAACUCAAGAAGAUCAGGGCGAUGAGAGGCCAGGUGGACUACAGCAAGGUCAUCAAUGGCAACCUGUCGGCAGAGAUUGAGCAAGUUAGCGGCCUGUUCCAAGAGAAGCAGGCUGAGCUGCAGUCUGCAGUGCUGAGGGUGGAGCAGCUCAGUCUGCAGCUGGAAGACCUGCGGAGGGGAAAACUCAACGGCAUUCAGACUACCCUAGGCGGCCAAGUCACCGGCGCUGCAGCCCUGGAGCUCCGCAAACUCUACCAGGAGCUACAGAUCCGGAACAAGUUGAACCAGGAGCAGAACAGCAAGCUGCAGCAACAGAAGGAGCUCCUUAACAAGCGCAACAUGGAAGUGACGCUGAUGGACAAGCGCAUAAGUGAGCUGCGGGACCGCCUCUACAAGAAAAAAGCUGAGGCACGUCAAAAAGAGAACCUUCCUCUGAACAGAGCCAACGGGCCUCCGUCUCCCCAGCCGGCUCCUGGCACUCUGGGUCGCGUUGCAGCUGUUGGGCCGUACAUUCAGGUCCCAGUGGGUGGCCGACAGGAGGGAGGGUACACCCUUCCACCCGAUCCACUAAAACCUCAGACUCUAGGCGUCAAUAACCAAGCAAACCACGGCCGCACCAAGUCAGCUAAUGAUACUGGCUGGCCUACUGUAGGAAAAACCAGCACAUCUUUAAAGCCUCCUGAAAGACGAGACUCAGGGAGUGAUAAGAGCCCUCCCUCAGGCUCCCCCGUUACUCAAGGUGCAGAAAAGGUGCUAGACCCCAAAUUGGCCGUGUCCUCCCCUGCCUUAUCCAAGCCUCAGCCGCCCCCUUACGGCUCCCACCUCACUUCUGCACACUCAGCCAGCUCCUUGGAGCGCCGCAAGGAUGUGCCACCUGUCCCUCGUCCGCUCCCGAACCCGCCGGCUCCCGCUUGGCCCCGUAUCCCGCCUUCAACGGGCUCAUCCUCUCAGCAGAUCCAGCAGAGAAUCUCAGUGCCACCUAGCCCCACCUUCCAGCCUAAUUUACCGCUAUUCCCACCCGGUCUAAGUGAGCGACUGGAUCCUCCGCCAGCUGUGGCAGUGCGCCCCUUCAUCCCAGACAGAGGCUCACGGCCUCAGUCGCCCCGAAAGGGCCCACCGACCAUGAACUCCAGCUCCAUCUAUCACAUGUAUCUCCAGCAGGCAGCGCCAAAGAGCCAGCCACUCAAGCCUGCACUCAAAGCAUUAUAUGGGAAACCUGUCCUCCCCCCCAGCUCCACACCCCCCUCGCCCCUGCCUUUCGCCCAGGCAGGAGGCGCCUUCCCGCUGCUCCAAGGCCCACCCUGUGGCGAGGACACUUUGGACGGAGAGUUUGAUGAUCACGAGUUCUUCCAGCAUCCGGAGCCCUUGGCGCCUCCUCCCAGUGUAGAGAACAUCCCCCGGCCCCUCAGUCCUACUAAGCUUACGCCCAUGGUGCACUCCCCACUGCGCUACCAAAGUGACGCUGACCUCGAGGUGCUCCGCAAAAAGCUGGCCAACGCUCCCAGACCGCUCAAGAAGCGCAGCUCCAUCACAGAGCCAGAGGGCCCCAGCGGACCCAACAUCCAGAAACUUCUUUACCAGAGAUUCAACACACUCGCAGGAGGCAUCGAAGGAAAUGGAGUCAGUGGCUCAGGAGGUAACGGUGCAGGGAACGGAACGCCGUUUUAUCAGCCCACUCACCCUCCUGGUUAUGUGGGCGGAGACUCCGUGGCUGAUACAGACAAUGGCAAUCUCCCCUCUGACACGCCGUUACCACCACCUCCAGGGGAGGACGAGCUAGGCUCUGACGCUCAGACUCCUUCAACUGACGCCAACGACAAUGAGCCGCCACCCUCGCCCCAGGAAGGGAUGGAAGAUCCCGAUGAAGCAGAGGCACCUGAGGAUGACAACAACAACAAUAUGGGGAGCUCCGAGGCAUUACUUCCCAGCCCGGUGCCAGAGGUCACAACUCCAGAAGAGAGCGGCACAUCAGCCUCACAACACCUGGAGAAACGCACAAACCUGAAGAAGCCAAACUCUGAGCGCACCGGCCACAGUUUCAGGGUGAAGUUCAACCCUCUGGCCCUCCUGCUUGAUGCCUCCUUGGAGGGAGAGUUUGACCUGGUUCAGAGGAUCAUCUAUGAGGUGGAGAACCCUAGCACUCCAAAUGACGAGGGCAUUACCCCGCUGCACAAUGCCGUGUGUGCAGGACAUCACCACAUAGUCAAGUUCCUGCUGGACUUUGGCGUGAAUGUCAAUGCUGCAGAUAGUGACGGAUGGACCCCGCUUCAUUGUGCCGCCUCAUGCAACAGUGUUCAUCUCUGCAAGUUGCUGGUUGAGUCAGGGGCCGCCAUCUUCGCAAGCACCAUUAGCGAUGUGGAGACUGCUGCAGAUAAAUGCGAGGAAAUGGAAGAAGGCUACAUCCAGUGUUCCCAGUUUCUAUACGGCGUCCAGGAGAAGUUGGGCGUGAUGAACAAAGGCACAGUGUAUGCUCUGUGGGACUACAAAGCUCAGAAUCAAGACGAGUUACCCUUCAGCGAGGGGGACGCCAUCACUAUUCUGCGACGGCAGGACGACAGCGAAACAGAAUGGUGGUGGGCACGACUGGAGGACAGCGAGGGCUAUGUGCCCCGUAACCUGCUGGGGCUGUAUCCAAGGAUCAAGCCUCGCCAGCGCUCCCUGGCGUAGUGUGUCACUCGGCUGGCCUCUGGCUAACAGCUGGACUAGUGACAAAAUGAAGAGCUGAGAACAAAAGAGCCUGGUGCUCGAUCUUCUCCCCAUGGCCAUAACUCCCCCCCCCCUUCCCUUUCCCUGUGCUUCUCACACAAUCCUUUUCUCUGAAGCACUGAAGUCUUGACACACAUAUUAACAUCUCCACACAUGUAGACACACACACACACACACACACACACACACACACACACACACACACACACACACACACAAACACACACAAGCAAAAAUAAGCACUCCAAAAGCGAAAAACCUCUUUAACUACUCUCCAUCUUGAUGCCCUUCCUCUGACUCACACUCCUUUUAACUUCUUGCUCUAUCAUUGUCCCACGUUUAUUUUGACCCCCGUUUAAGUGUGAGCUCUGUAUCAGACUUCAACUUGAAGAAUAAAACACUAACCUUUGACUCAGCAUUUCUUUCAGUGUUCACACUUCUUCAGUGAUCCUUCUAACGAGUUCUUUGUUGGCACUGGUUCACAUGUCACUAUACUGUGACUAAUACAAUCCUCUCAGAGGGUGAGAAUAUGUUGAUUUCUCUCAGUCAAAUGUUCUAACAGUUAGGUGCCGUGUCCACCAACGCCGUUUUUUUUGCGCUAGCAGAGCCUAUUUUCUAUUCAAAAACCAAAGGUGAUUCACAUUUCUAGUGCUCGCUGUCCUCAGCGUAGAAACGGUUCAACUUUUGGAACUCCAUGCUGACUUCUUGAUCACGGACCAAUCAGAAUCAAGAAGGGGCGGGACUUCUGAUAGCAACUUUGUCAACAACAAUGAGGAAGGUCCGUACACGAAAGAGAAAAGUUAUCACACUUGUUUUUUGUUCAAUUUCCAAGUUUAGAGCUGCUACUAAUGCUAUGACACGAUUUCUAUCAAUCGUUUUUACAGUUUCUUGUUGAAAUGCCAUCGAAUUAAAGCAAAGUGAAGGACACAGAGCAUUUUAAAACAGACCUUACAUCACUACUUAGGGAGGCGGACAUGCCGCGGGACAUCUUUCAUAUCGUAUUAACAGUAAACACUGGUGAGAAGCACUUUGAGAUUGAUGUCGUGGCGCUCCCAGCACAAAAAAACGCCAAAGUGGACACAGCCCAUUAUUGUAUAAAAUGUAUUAAGCCAAUUUGAUCCACUAAUGCAAGAAAAAGAUCUGCUCUGCUUGAUAACGCUUGUAGUCUAACCACCAAAGAGGAAUAUCGAAUUAACACUGAAGAUUUUUAACACUCCCAGUGGCUUGCACUACUGUUAAGGAUGUGGAAAACCAAUUGAUGAGCUGUUAUCAAUAGGGACUAACAAGUCUCCAGAGCUGGUCUGAAGUCCUAAGGAUUCCAAUGUAGCAGAAAAUUAAUAUCAGGAAGACAGAAAGUCCUCAGUAUUAACUACACGGAGCACAGGCAACAAAUCCAACAUGUUUAAGUAGAGAGGAAUACAGAUUGAGAAUAUAGCUGCAAGAUUUGUUCCUAAAACCAGUCGACUGUUCAGAAUCUGGUUGCAGAUUUACCAUGUGAUCAUCUUUAACCUCCUACUAUAUUUUUAAGUAAAGCUUCAGACAGUCAAGUUUUCUCUCUGCUGUUGAAACUAUGUCUGCUGCUCUGAUUAUUCCCGAAAUGAACAUCUCUUACGCUGCAGUUUCCACAGGAUACAGUCGUGGAAAUGUUUAACCGGCAGUAUUUUUGCUUUACCAAAAAACAAAGUUGCCAAAUUCAAAUAGCGUGUUAUUUCCAACAUCUGUAGAGAGUGCCCAAAGGUUAACAUCUCUUACCCUAAGAAUUUCAAUAAGUGAUAAUUAGAAAACAGUUGUUUUAUUUUAUUUUUAUUCCACAGUAGCUGGAAAAAUCACCUCCACACAAAAACAGAAAGAUGUCAGUUCUUUAUGGUGCGUUCAGUUUUUCUACGUUCUUUAUGAUGUCUUUUUUUCAACAUGUAUAAUAUAUUUUAAUUUAUAUUAACCUUACUAUAUUAUUUUUCUGAUGUAACUGUUCAUGAUUUUUUUUUGUUAGUAUUAAGCUUCACAACCAGAAGACCUGCAAGCAGUAUCUACAUAAAGUGAUGAACUGCAACAUAUUAAAGGAAACUAACAUCUUUAAUAACCUUUUGUUUUUUUCCCUGUUAGCUCCAGAGUAGGUUUCAGGUCAUCAGACGUUGAAGUUCUUUUCACCCGAACCUGUAAUCUCAGGACCAACAUGGUGCUGCUCACACUGGUAAACCAGUGAUCAUAUGUCUAGUUUCACUCAAUACCACUUCAUUUGAGCAUUCAACCAAGCAGAAACUGUCCAAACAUUCAAAAAGAAAGCCAUUAGCAUGUUUAAUUCAAAUAUGAAGAGACAGUCUGAAAUGCAACUGUUCCGAUUCGCUUCAGACAAUCCUGGUUAUGUCCUGUUUUCUUCCCUCGGCUGCCCCCCCCUUUUCAGGUAUACACCAUCCCAGAAACACUGAUACAUGUGUUAUCUGUCACAUUGUUUAACAUCUAGAGACCCUUAUCUUAUUCUGAACCCUGAGUGACUGAGUGUUAUGCUGAGUGUGCUUGUGGCCAAGGCUUUAUCAUGGCUUAACCUGUACAUAGUGAGGAGAUGGUUUAUGUCUGUUUGCUGUCUGGACAAGUGCGCUUUCUGUAUAAACGCUGUAUUCACAAAUUCAAUUCUGUAAAUGUGAACAAUAAAACAGAAGCUCUGGCAUGAAUAA